AUGUCUCCCCCAGUGGAUUUCAACAACGACACUGACAAGCCGCAUGAAUUCCAAGUGGCCGUGGUCGGAGGCGGAAUAGUCGGCCUGGCAAUCACAUGCGGCCUCUUGCGUCGCGGAAUACAAGUCAAGGUUUACGAACAGGCCCGUGCCAUCGGCGCCGUCGGCGCAGGGAUUGCCUUCACCGCCUGUGCGCAGCGCUGCAUGGAGCGGCUGGACCCGGCCAUCGCCAAGGCCUUCUGGAGCGCCGGCGCCGUGCCGCUGUCGAGCGCAGCCGGCUCCGACGACCCCAACGACUACCUUCGCUGGGUCGAUGGUUUCAACUCGCACCCCGGCCGUGACCCCCGGUGGCAGGAGCAGCUGUAUGAGCUCAGUGCUGGCGUCAAGGGUUUCGUGGCUGUGAGGAGGGAUGAGUUUGCUGCUCAGAUGGUGAAGCUGCUCCCGUCGGGGGCGGUUGAGUUGCAGAAGCGGCUGGAGGAUAUUGUUGAUGAGGUUUCUGACCAGGAGGGAAGAAGGACAGGCAGGAAAGUACUGGUGUUUGGGGAUGGCUCAAGGGUCACGGUUGAUGCGGUCAUAGGCUGCGAUGGAGUCAAGUCAAAGGUUCGAGAGGUCAUGUUCGGAAAGGAAAACCCGGCCUCAUACCCCACCUACACACACAUUGCCGCCUACCGGGCCGUGAUCCCCAUGGACACGGCCAUCAGAAUCUUGGGAGAGCGCAGGGCAAAGACGUUCAACAACCACCUCGGCCCCGGAGGUAACCUCUUGCACUACGCCGUCUCCAACCAGACGCUGGUCAGCAUGACGGUUUUCGUAUCGGACCCCAACGAGUGGCCCGACCACCGGCAGCUGACCUGCAACGACGGCUCCAAGGCUCACCUGUUGCGAGUCUUUGCCCGCUUCAACCCCACAGUCGUGGACCUCAUCAGACAACUACCCGACGAGACCCUGCCUAGGUGGGGCAUAUUCGACCUCGCCGAAUACCCCCUGUCGGCCUUCAACAGCGGCCGCGUGGUCCUGGCCGGAGACGCCGCCCACGCCAGCGCACCCCAGCACGGCGCGGGGGCCGGCAUAGGCAUGGAGGAUGCACUGUGCCUGGUGACGCUGCUGGAGCGCGUGCGGAAGCAGCAGCAGCAGCAGCAGCAGCACGCGGCGGCACUGGAGGCGGCCUUUGCGAGCUACGACGCCGUCCGGCGCACGCGGUGCCAGUGGUUCGUCAACAGCAGCCGGCGCAUCACGGAUCUGCACCAGCAGCGCGAAUGGGGGGACCCGGCGAGGCUUCUCAAGGCAAAGUCGUGCUUUGAGGAGAUUAGGGAUCGCUCGCACAAGAUUUGGCACUUUGACUACGAGGGUAUGGUGGAGGAGGCGAGUGUGACGUAUCUAGAGCUUCUCUCGGGCCAGCGUACGUCUCGCUUUGUGACGAGCAAGGUUAAAGCCCGUCUGUGA